GGAAACAUGUAGAGGGGUUUAUGAGUCAUUUCUCGCCAGCUAUUUGCAUAUGAAAGAAAGAAUGGACAUGCCGGAUGAGACCAGUGUCUCUUGAUAGGAGAACGUCGUGGAAGGGACUGGGAUGAGAAGAGGGACGAGGACGAGAGAGCCGGAGUGAGAGUAAUCGUUCGGGGAAUGGAUCCCGACUCCAACAGCGACGUCCUCCAAUAAGAGCACGACUCAGUCACCGCAACGAUCGGUGAGGAGGCCGUUCGUACUGGGAAUCGCCAACCAUGACUGUCACAAUGUUAAUUGGUGUCACAGCAUCAACAGCGUGCAGUCCUAGCUAGACAACAGCAGCAAGGAGAAGACCAGCAGGUUGCUGAAGACUUAACGGACCUCACCAACCUGUCUCUAGGAUUACCAUUGUUUACAAACAGGUAGUUUCACUCGCUGUGGCCCUGUGACUCUCUCUACUGCAGCUCAGACCUUGCUGGCUAGACCGCUGCUCAUUCAUUCAGGCCAUGUUGUAGUAGCAACGUUUGUAAAAGGUUGUAAACCCUGGCACGUGCCAGGUGUUUUGUUGACGGCAGCUGUACAUGGAAAAUAAUGGCCUUUUCUUUGUGGAUUGCGGUGUUGCCCUGAGGAUACAUACUUGCAUCAUGGAAUGACGGGAUAGAGGUUUACAAGUCAGGUUGAAUCACAGUACGUGGAUGUUAUUGGUGUCAAUUGCACAGAGAUGUGAAGUGGGAAGGAAGGUGUCAGCAUCUGUUUAAACCAUGAGGAGUUCUUACACUGAGUUAGCGCUGCUGUGGCAUUGGUUCCUCGUGCCAGCAUUAGGCCUGGUGUACAUCGAAGAUCAGCUGAAGAAUGUAAUAGUGAACGAGGGGGAGAGAGCCAAGUUUAUCUGCAAGACGGCCACCCACCCGCUGGAUGGGCUGAAGCUGAAACUGGAGUGGAGGCAUGAUGGGAACAUUGUGAAUUUUACAAAAAAUGACAAAUAUGUGUAUAAACGUGACAAAAACAGACAUUCGUUGAUAAUCAAGGAUGCAAGAGUGUCUGAUGCAGGAGUUUAUACAUGUAAAGCAACCGUCGACAUUGACAUUGAUAUGUCCAGUGCUCAUCUUACAGUCCGAAGUGCGCCUGACCCGCCCAAUGAGGUACAGGUCAUCAGCUGUCAUGGGAAAUCGGCAGAAAUUGUGUGGCAAGCAGGUCCAAAUAAUGGAGACGAUAUAUCCGGUUUUAUCAUACAAUAUAAUACCUCGGAAAGCAAAGACACAUGGCAUGAUUCGGACGAUAGAAGCCUAGGAGAGGAUCAAACGGCUUAUGUAAAUCUUAAUCCAUGGGGUACGUACUCUUUUCGGGUGCUAGCCAUGAAUUCUGUUGGAAUUAGCAAACCAAGUAAAGCGACAAAACGGAGCUGCACCACACCUCCAGAGAGGCCAUAUCGGAAUCCUGACAACGUGCAUACAACGACAGACAAGAAGGGCAUGCUGGUCAUCGAAUGGACGGUGAUUGCCCGCCUCUACCACAACGGCCCUGGCUUCCGCUACCACGUGUACUACCGCCAGCAGGGGAAGACGUAUUGGUCAGAUGGACUCAUCACAGACCCUACUGUCAACUAUUACGAGGUGGAAGUCAAUGAUGUAUAUCAAACCUACCAAAUAUCUGUGAAGUCGGAAAAUGACCUUGGAGAGUCACAUCAGACAGCAUUCAUCUACAAGGGACACUCGGGAGAGGACGAGCCCACCGUGUCCCCAAAGGAUUUCCGCCUGGAUCCGACUCAUCCCGUGGGAGCCCACACAGUGCACUUCAUCUGGGAGGCUGUUGAUACAGCGGAGCAAAAGAUUCAGGGUCACUUUCGUGGAUACAAGCUACGCUACUGGAAGUCAAGUGAAGGUCGGCACAAGAUGAAGGAAGUGGAUGUGAUGAUGUCGGCCAGAGAUCAUGGACCCGAUGUGCGAGUUGCUCUGGCAGAUAUCCCAGCAUACACUGCUUUGCGAGCUCAGGUUGCUGUGAUGAACACCCAUUACACGGGUCCACCUUCGCAGACCAUCGACUUCUUCACACCAGAGGGAGUGCCCGGUCCUGUGAGAAGCCUUCACGCUGAGGCUUUUGGGAUGUCCUAUGUCUUACUGAAAUGGCUGCCACCAGACGAGCCAAACGGAAUACUCCUUGGCUAUGAUAUUGGAUAUCAACCAAUUAUGACAAACAAUACCCUUGGGCCAGUGAAAUCUCUUAAGCCUCAGAUAACAAACCCAUCAACAUUAGGAGCCAGAAUUACGGGCCUUGAUCCUGAUCAUGAAUAUCGCUUCUAUGUGUGGCCCCGCACUGACUCGGGCCGAGGAGACUCUAUGUAUCUUGACAUCAAGACAGCUGACGGUAAACUACCUGUAGUACCAAAGCCAUUACUGUCAGCCGUGCACCCGGCCAGUGCUAACUUCUCUUGGGCUACUGCUCACAGCUUGCACAAGAAAGACCUACAUUUGACCCUCCAGUACAGGCGAUAUGGAGAUAAUACUUGGAAGAGCACUGAUUCUGAGUGGCGUAAACCGUGGACAAUGAUUAAUAAUCUAGCCCCAGGCUCAAAGUAUGAAGUUCGUGUCGUAGCCCGAAACCGAUUAGGUGACACGGCUAGUAGCGAGUCUUUAUUGGUGAAAACACAAUGGCCAGAGGGCCAAAACUUUUACAGAGCAUCCGAUGGCGCCAGCUGCCAACACUCAACAUCCUCCGCAGUCCUGUUGUUUUUUGUUCUCCUCAUCACACAAGUCUUCCAACGGUGACCUCAUCUGUAGCUGGUUGAGUUCCCCACAAGAUGGCUCAGUCAUCUGUACAGGAAGUGUUCAGGGGAUAUUGCCAGCCCCAAAAUGCAAUGAUUCAUAUAAACACAACUUUCUGGGUAUUUUUGUGGUGACAGACAGAUCGUGAUUCCAGGUAUGCAAAGAUAUGACCACAAACAUUGAAAGUGUUGUAAAUAGAAAAUCUCGGGCUGGCAAACCUGGAUUUCUUUCACGGUGAUGAAUGCAGACACUUGUGUGGUUCCUUUGCAAGAAUAUAUGAAGAAUAUUUUGCAGUUUUGUGACUACUCAUGCACCAUUUUCCCUGGUUCGAAGCAUCGAAAUUAUGAGUAAAUUGACCUUACAGAAAAUACA